AUGGUCCUACGCAUCCGCCUCUCGCGCUUCGGCAAGAAGCACGCACCCUUCUACAAUAUUGUGCUUACCCACGUCCGCACCGCGCGCAAUUCGCGGCCCCUCGAAGUCCUCGGCACAUACAACCCAAUCCCGCAGCCGCCACGACCAGGCGACACCCAUGGACGGCCGUGGAAGGACAUCAAGCUGGAUGUAAGCAGAGCGCGGUACUGGGUCGGUGUGGGUGCGCAGCCGAGUGACACGGCGUGGCGGUUGUUGAGCAUGGUUGGCAUUCUCGAGCCGCAGUACCGCAUCUCGCAGAUCCAGGGCCAGGUCAUCAAGGCCGACUCAGCCGCCAAGUCGAUAAUACCAGAGACGCCUGCCACACCCCCCGCAGAAGCCGCCGUCACCCAGGAGCAGAAGGCCGAGGCGUAA